UUAAGGAGACAAGGAAAAAUUCGACAUUUUUGGAUGAAAAAUUUCGUUUUUAUUUGUAAUUUUUUUUGGCUUUGGAUUCGGACAAAGAUCGACAAAACGUAGCAACUUGGCAUUUGGUGAGUGAGCAGGGAAAGAGCGCGAGAGAGCGAGAGGGGAAGAUUGGGAAAGACAUUAAGAGAGCGAGAGAGAUAGAGAGAGAGAGAGAGCAUGGCUGAGCUGGAGAAGCGGCUGAGAUCGCCGAGCAGCGGCGUCAAGAUGGCGCCGGUUACGGCGAUCACAACCCGCAACCAAUUGGCUAGAAAAAAGGAACGAGAAAAGUGCGACGCACAGGAAAAGCAAAUGGAAAAUGUCGACACUUUUCCUCUCGUAAAAGUGGCUGACAACAAGGCAAAAACUGUUAUGAGCUACUCUGAUGUGAUACCAACAUUGCGGCUGCGCCUGGAGGAGCUUGAGAGCACGACGCACGCAGAGACUGCUGUGGCUGUGGCUGUGGCUACCACAGCUGCAACGCGCUCCAAGUCUCCGAGUCGACGACCACGUCAGGCGGUGACAAAGCCGCGUCGCAAGCAGCCGUCAUCGCCGAAUGUGGCAGCCACAAUAGCAACUGCAAGUGCAACUGCAACCGAGAACUUUGCCAUUACCGAGUUGAUGUCGAAGACAUCGCGAGAGUCGCUGCAGCUGCAUCGCUUGACCUUUGACGAUUGGCUGCUGUUGAAAGAAAAGCAGGAUGCGCAAAAGCGACGCGAUGAUCGACGUGAACUCAAUCGCCUGAGUCACAUGCAACAGAUGCGACAGCAGCUGAGCGAGAAAUGCUACGCGGAUUGGUUGCGUGCCAAGCGGCGACAUUGCAGCAGCUGCAACACCGGCAGCUGCAACAUGUUGCAACAGGGGGCACCCACGAUGCUCGUGGAGGCUUCACGACGUCGUGCGGAGCAGACAAAGCGAACGGUGCAGCAAUGGGAGCGUCGCAAGUUGCUCGAGAUGCAACGUCAACGGGAGCAACAAAAUCGAGAGCGACACGAGCAACAAGUGCGCGAUCAUUUGCGCCGCCAGCUGUCGCAGCUUGCCUGGCAUCGCUGGCUGCAGCAACAGGACAAGCAACAACAACAACAACAACAGCAGGAGAAGCAGUUGAGGAAUGAGAAACCACAUCGUCAGCGAUUAAGCUCGAAUUCGUUGUUGAAGCCAUCGAUGGCCGGCAUCGAGUCGCUUUAUCUGCACGUUCCGCUGUCGGCGGCACAGCAUUCGCUGCGACAGCGACUCGACAGCAUCGAUGGCCUCAACAUGCAGCGUCGCAAGUAGUUUAUCUUCUUCUAUUACCCUGCCUCCAAAUAUGCCCAACUCAAACAACAAGUUUCAUCA